AUGGCAAGAAGAACCAAUGCCAGCGGCGGACAGCGCCAACAGACCUCCAAGGACGACGACGAAAGCGGCAGCGUAGCCAAGACAUCACAGUCAGCGCAACCAAAGACUACUCCAGCCAACGAAGGUGUUGCUGGAGUGACGAGUACCAAUAAAGCCGAUGUCUCGAAGAACAUCAGCAGAAGGCUGCUCAUAAUUCGCAGGAAGCUUCAGCGCGCAGAGGCCAGUGAGAAAAAGAAGGAGAGCGGAGGUCAGAUCAGUGCCGAGCAGGAGGCAAUGGUGGCGAGCAUCGAUACACUUCGCGCGCUUGUACAAGAGCUCGGGUAUCUCAGCGGGCCAGCGACCAAUGGCGGCGAACAUGAUGAGAAGGAGCACAUUGCAUCCAUCGACCGCGCGAUCGAGGAGCAGGUCAGGGAGCAAACACUGGCGAGUGAAGCUCUGGUGCACCAGCAGACUUUGCGCCUGGUGUCUGCUGUUAACGAGAAGCUCCCGCGUGUGGACGCCGAUGCUGUGGCUGAUGGCGAUCGUACGGUUCUGGUGGGCUUUUACCGCCUGGUUUUGGCGGGGGUCGGCGACUAUGUUGGUGAUGAGCUCUCCCAGCGCGCUUUGGACCCUGUUGACGGGCUAAUUUUGAUGGCUGGCGGUGUGGAGUCAGUUGUCGUCAGCUAUGCGAAAAUCGCAGCGAUUGUUGACAGCGUUGUUGCUGCACCGACUGUGGAUGUCGAGGCACCGCUGCUUGUGACUGGUCAGGUUAGGUCGGUUUCCGGCGUCAAGAUGCCCAAGCUAAUACCGCUGUUUAUGCAGAAUGACGCUGGGUCGGAGGAGGCAGACAUCGACUUUAACACCCAGGUCGUUGUUCCUCCCGGAGGGCUCACCUUUAUUGCAUCGGCAGAGAUGGUCGAGGGCUCAGACAGCGACUCCUUUGCGCCGGAUAUUACUGUUGCUAUGAGUAUGCCUGAGGCUGUUCAUGUCGAUAUCAGUGCGCAGGACCCAGCGAUGAACGCGGCCCAUGUUGGUGGGUUUGUGCAUCCUGUGAAGAGCCUCGCCCAGUCGAUCGGUCAAGGUGUCCUGGGAAAUGUUCGCGCCGAGCAAGUAGAGAGCGAGUCUGUAGCAGCGGCAGCGGCAGUGUCACAGGUAGACAUGACCUCCAUGGUCAUGCCUGAUCCGGCAGCGCAUCCAGCUCUUUUGCUUGAAGCGGCGCUGCUGCCUGUUGGAUUUAACCCCAGCGGCGGCAGCGAGUUCUAUUCCAAGCUGGCCGGCGGCAGAAGGGACAUCAGCAGGGUCGAUGGCCCUGGAAUGUAUGGUGUUAUGCCCAUGCCGUAUCCGCCACAUAUUGCCAUGCAGUACGGGUACAUGCCGCCGCACAUGUAUGGCAUGCAGACUAUGAGCCCGGUUGCGGGAGUUGCGCCGCCGGGUGCAAUCAUGCCUGAUGGAGCCUCGCCCUUGGUCGGGAUCAGUGUCAGUGGCAGUGGCGGUGGUAUUGUUCCAGACCACCAGCAGCAAAAGCAGAUUAUCGGGGCGGUCAUUCCUGCAUGCGAUGGCGGCAGCAGCGGCGGCGGUUUCAGCCGGGUACGCGAUGAACUCACCCUUUAUGUACCCGCAUAUCGACGCUUCCAACUUGUCGACUGCAGCGACGGGUGGUGGGUCGGAGCACAAUGA